UGGGAAGUGAGCCACGUCCCGUGGGUGGGGAGGGUUGACGUCAGAGAUGGCAGGCAGGGAGACAGCUGGCGGGCCGGAGCUGCUGAACCAACCCUCCGAUCGAAUCCCGGCUCCGCGCUAACCCCAAACCCUGCGCGCAAUAACACGGGGGUUAUGUCUUUUCAUGUUAUUUCAACUAACGUGGAACCAAGGAUACCAAUACACCACAGACUCAGAUGAAUGAGAUCCAAAUUCCGGUCGAAACGAAAACAUCAGAGGAAGAAUUAGGCCUUUUACGCAAAUUCAGGGUGCGAUGAAUGUGGGUCGACUGGCCGAAAGCGGAAGACCACCACAGGCUCAUUGUGAUAUGGCAGCGCCCAGUUUCCCCUUGCUGAGGUCGGCGGAAAGGAGAGAGCGUUUAGACAACACUGCGAGCGAAUCCUCCGACGCCGAGUCUCCAGAAAAAGAUAAGUUGAUGCAAAGCAAAACUGAAGACUGUACUGUCGAUGACCCGUCCAAGAAAAAACGGCAGCGGCGUCAGAGAACGCACUUCACCAGCCAGCAGCUCCAGGAGCUGGAAGCCACCUUUCAACGCAACCGCUACCCUGACAUGUCUAUGAGAGAGGAGAUCGCCGUCUGGACGAAUCUUACCGAGGCCAGGGUUCGGGUUUGGUUCAAGAACCGCCGGGCGAAAUGGAGGAAAAGGGAACGGAAUCAGCAGGUGGAUUUGUGUAAAAAUGGAUUUAUGCCGCAGUUUAAUGGGCUGAUGCAACCCUACGAUGACAUGUACACCGGGUACAGCUACAACAACUGGGCCGCGAAGAACUUGGCUCCCGGCCCCCUCUCCUCCAAAGGCUUCCCGUUUCUCAGCUCGAUGAACCCGUUGUCUUCUCAGUCCAUGUUCUCCGCUCCCAGCACCAUCUCGUCCAUGACAAUGCAAUCUACUAUGGUGCACUCGGCUGUACCGGGGAUGCCAGGCUCCAGCCUGAGUAACAUUAAUAACCUCAACAGUUCCUCUCUCAACUCGGCCAUGUCCUCGGCCGCCUGUCCAUACGCACCCCCUACCCCUCCUUACAUCUACCGGGAUACGUGCAACCCUGGCCUCGCCAGCCUGAGACUGAAACCGAAACAGCACGGCGGCUUCGGAUACAGCACUUUGCAAAGCCCAGGUUCCAGCCUCAAUGCAUGCCAGUAUGCAGUGGACAGGCCGGUGUAAGUUGCAACAAGAACUGGAUCUACGAUGCAAACGCGCCGCUGUGGGGGGGAAAAAUAGCUUCAGUAAAAUAGGAUUUUAAUGCAAAUGGUGUGUGAUUCCCCGGAUUUCAAUCACCAUUCUGUUCAAUUCCCAGAGAGAGAGAGAAAAAAAAAUAUUUAAUUGUAAGAAAUUGACGCGUUUUUAAAAAUAAUUUGAGUACUGCAGUAUGGUAUCCGUGGAAGUUUUCUAAAGCUUACAUUUACUAUUAAUAUUGAACCUUUGAAAGUGGAUUUGUGUAUAUAUAGAAAUUGACUCUAUUAUUGUUACAUGUUGCAAUACAUUGAUAAAUAUAAUUUUUAAAAAUGUUUAAACAAAAAAAAAACUGCAUGUUUAUUGCUGUGAUCCAGAUGAAGGAAUGUUUUUUUUUUAAUUACUUCCAUUCCCAACUCCUCAGCAAAUGUAAACCUACCUCUCGUCUGGGACUAUCUUUACCCGAACAGACAGUAGCUCCAUUUUGUUUUAAAGCAUGUUAUGAGAAUGAUUGCGCUUUUGCAUAUUGCUUUAAACGGAAUAUGUUUCUAAACAACAAAACGCCCAAAAGUAGAGGAUAAAUAAAUAUUAUCUAAACAUGUUUUUUUUUAACGCUGGGCUGUAUGUCCAAUUUCGGUCAAACAUCAACAUCGACCAGGUGGCAUUUCGGAAGCAGGGUUGUACAGUGUAGAUUGGUGUAAUAAAAUCUGAAAACAUUCAACAGAAAAUUAUCUGGAUUAAUUGAUUUUUCUUCACCCCCAAGCUCUUGAAAUUAGGGCCCCUCGCAGUGAAAUGUAUUGCAGUCGCACGUCGAGGUGGGAAAAUGCGUUUCAUCGCAACAGUGAACAGCUCAGGGCCCUGAUUAAGUAGGACCUUUGAUACCAACACCGCUGUUCCUACCGCCCCAAAUCUGACGAACAACGUGCGCUGUUUGCCCUGGUAUCAUUAUAUUCCAUUUCUACAUUUAACGCCCAGUUGGAAUUUCGCAGAACAUUUCUUUUUUGUAAUCGGGAGGAGGUUUUGAAACAUUUCUUUCACCUCACGCCAUGGAAAGUGAUAUCAAUUUGCAGAAGUGUAACGAUAUAGCCGUGACCGAGUUCUAGCGAAUCCAAUCACAAAAAUAUGUAAAGCUUUGAAAGGUCCACCAGACUUUUAAACACAAUGAAAACUAUCCAACUUUUAUUUUUAUUUUUAGAAGACCUGGGGGAAAAAACCAGGUAUUACAUCGACCACUUGUUGUCUUGUUCCAGGGUUUAAUAGUUGCAAUUGCAAUCGGACUGAGGAUGAGAAAAUAGUGCAUGGAGGUGCAGUCGAGUUUCGCUGUUGAAAAAAAAACGUAUUGAUUUAUUAACACAAGUUUUGAAUGCAGUAUGUAAAGUACAAAUGGCUCACAACCUUGUGACUGUAAAUAAUAAAGACACGCCGUAUACAAUCUAAUUUUAACGGCGAUCUCUAACAAAAAAGGGUACGGUUUAUACGAGUCGUGUUGAUGCAGAUAAAUGAUUUGUUCCACCUCA